UUGCGUGGCGGGACCGUCUGCCCCCAGCAGGCCGCGUCUGGCCCGGUCCUGCACCCCGCGGCGGAUCCCCUGUCCCCCGGGGCCACGCGGACGCCUCCCCCGCCGCCGAGACCCCCAGGCCGGCCCGGGCCCGGGAGAGUGGGGCGCGAUCAGGCCCGCGCACGGCACAGCUCGCGCCGCAGCCCCCGCUGAGUUCAGAAGGGCUUUUGCGGAGGGAAGGGCGGAAUGCACGUGCCCAGGCUCCGGGGUGGGGGGGCGUGCAUACGCGGGGUCCCACCUAGGACGGUGACGGGGCGGGGGCGGGGUGCCACCUGCUCGCAGAGCUGAGCGCGGGCCCGGGGCAGGCUGCCCGCCGCGGCAGGGGUGGCGCGGGAGUCCGGAAGGGUCGGGGGGCAGGAGGGGUGCGCGGGGUGGGGCACUCACGCGCGCUCUCCUCGGCCGCCUGCAGCAGGGCCGAGAGCCCCAAGGCCCCCGCGUGCAUCCUCCGUGUCGCCCGGGCCACCUCCUGGCCCCCGCCCCUUCCCCUGCCCGCCCCCCGAGCCGGGGAAGCUUCCGGCCCCAGAACCGACGGCGGGGGGCGGGAGGGGUCCGUGCCGGUUCCUCCCUGGCUGCUAGCCAGGCGCGGCGGCACUGAGUUUUCUGGUGCCUGGGUGGGCAAGCACAAAUCAGAUCAGGCCUCUCCAUAGGGGCAGCAGCGUUUCUCUGCCGUUGUCCAGACUUGGUAAGGGGCCCUGGAGGGUACUUCGUGGUCGAUGUGACUGCAGGUAGGCUGGUCACGAGACGGUUAAACUGGUCACGGCCUCCGGGGGGCCGCUGAAGGACAGCCCCGUUAACCACUAGUCAGAGUGCGUUUGUGUGGAUGGCGUUGGAUUGGAGGCGUUAAUUGGUCUUUUUGAAAUUUCACAGGGGAUGUUAACUGGCAUCUUCCUCUGCGUCUCGCCCUCAAAUUCAUCUCUGUCCUCACACUUUUUCCAGAUGGGCUUGAGGUUUAACCAAGAUUGCAAUGCGCAGGAGGGAAAGCUGCGUAUCCGAAAACCUUGUCUCCGGCUACGGCUACGUCAGUCCACCUAUAUCCGUGUGCUGUUUACAGUAUAAUUUAUGGAAGAAGUGGUAUUCAGGCAUGCUGGUGGUGAUGAUGAAUUUGGGGUCUUUAACGCCUAAAGCAGGCAGUUAGCCAAACCAUUCCUCCUUUUUAUUCUGGGGGGAGUUUUCCAGCCACCAUUCUUGAGUCAAGGACACGUUUGCCACUUCCGUAGGAUCUUGCUGUACUGAUCACACCGGUUUAAUUAGAUGGACUACUGCCCCCUUCCCUACAAAAGCCCUGUAGUAGGAAAAGUCACAGUGGAAGAACUUACCAUCUUGAAGGGGAAGCAUGGAGUUGGACCACCCAGUGAAUCUACAAAGCAAGGAGACCUACAGUGAUUACCUACUGUGAUACUUAUUUGCCAGACUAAAGCCACUGAAGCCACAAAGACAUCUUGGGUUCUUCCCUACGACUCCACUGAUUGUCAUGAAAUGCUUUGUUUCAGUGAAGAUCAUGCUUGUUUGUCCUAAGAGGCUCCCGGUCCUACCUCAGCCGCUUCCAUUCACUUGUCAGUGCGCGACUGGUUUUCUCAUCACAACUGCAAAUUCUGCCCUCUAGGUGUCUCCCCGCUUCAGAGACUCAGCUGCAGUACCGGAGAUCACAACCUCCUGUAAACCUCUUGAACUGUCUUCCCUCGAAGCCGAUACAAGGGGCCAAUUCUAAAGCCUGGGUUUUCAUUCCUUCAGCUUCAUUUUCCCCAAAACUUCACUGACAAAAGUCCCUUUUGUCUACUACAGCCUCUCCUUUUAUUCACCUCCAGUUCCCAGAUCCUCCUUUUUCUGGUUUUCCUGAAAAGGCAGUAUGUUGCUAUUUGUACACGUUGGAAGCAGGACUGUCCUCUACUAGAAGAGGAAUAUAAAAUUGAAAUCAGGUAUAGAAAUUAGUGUUGGGAGUAGAGAGUGUUUAUGGUUGGGGAGAGAUCAUUCUGGUAUUCCAUACUUUCUUCAUUUCGUGUUUAGAAAAAAAUUUUUUCCCUUAAUUCCCAGGUAUCAUUGGAGGGAUAUACAUGUAUCCUAUAUUUUGUACGUUACAAAAAGAAUUCAAUGACUUAGAAGUUUGAAGGAGGGUAUGUCUCCUGGGACAGCAGCAGUUUGAAUAAGAGCCACAGUUAAUGUGUCCUUCCUUGAAGCUUGGUUGGGGGGGGGGGGGGGUGUUGAAAGGAAAAGUGGAAAACAUCGUGGAGAAAAGGUUUAUUGUCCCUGGAGGCUAGCCUUCAGUCAGAAAAUAGCAGUUCCCACCCCAAAUGAUAGCGAUGGGAUGACAGAUGGGGAGUGGGCAUGGGGUCGUGCAGAAAUCUCAGAAACUGGAGGAUUGUGUAUUGCUAAUGUGUAAAUGCCCUACCCUGCAUCUGACCCUUUUGUGUUAGACUGGAAAAGACAACCACAGGUUCCUUCCAUGUUCAGGUGCCCACCUUUCUGCCAUAUGACUUUGCUACUUUCUCCAUGAAGAAGUGGAAGGUGCAGCAUCCCCAGCACCAGCACGUGGCACCGUACGAGGCACCAGAGUGGCAGUGUUGGCCGUGUGGGGCUCCUUAUAGUUUCUGAGAGCCCCAAGCUCUCUCUCUUCUCCCAGUCCUUAGGGUGAGAGCUGCUGUGCCUUUUUGGCUUUUCCAUUUCUCCCAGUUCAUUUAACCAGUUCCCCACAUUAAAUUCUCUUUGUUAAAAUACCCAGUGUGGAUUCUAUAGACACUGUGUUCAAACUCUACUGGCAUUAAGACAUCUCCUAGGUUGGUUGCUGCAUUGAGCUAACUAUUCAUAAGAAACUAACCCCAUCUGCCUUGCUCUUAAGGGAUCUCUUCUAGGAUCCACAGAUGGGACAGUCUGGAUUGCAGAUUUGUAGAAAAUCUGAUUAUAUGGUCACAGCAGGAGAGGACAUGAAACACCUCAAACCCAGUGGGAGAGAGGAAAUGCUGAGAAAUGUGCAUGGUUUCCACCUUUCUCCACAUCACAGAGUUGUGCUUACACACGGUCUCCCUGUAAGUAGAGGAACCCACAGCUCUUGGUAAGUGUGUGACACUUAGAACAGAGCAUGAGCAUGGAGAAAAGCCACCUGUGUCCUAAAUGAAGGACCGAGGGGGUGGGGGUGUGCUUUCUCUUCUUUGAUCCUGUCUUCUCGAAUUUUAGGUCACAAAUUGCCACUAUGAGCAGAGAAAGGUGUGAGAGGGCACAGAGGCCGGGCCCAAGCUCGCGGGUGUGCUUUGCUGUGGGUGAAUUUGGAAACACCCCCUCUGGGAUCUGCAGGUCUGCAGGGCAUGGCGUGUGUUGGGAGCAAUGGCCGUGCCCCUCUGUUCUCACACACCAGGCCGUGUCCCCCAGGGGAAGCAGCCAUGCUCUGCAAUGCCUCUCAAUCGAUGCAGUUUACAAUCCCGUCUGCUGACUCAGGGCCUGACCGGAUGCCAGCGGAGGCCAACGGGGACGAAGUGACCGCGUCAUGUCUCAGCUCAGCCCCUCGGCAUUCAGCUUCCAUGAGGAGAGCGUGCCAGCGGCGGCCACCGGCCGGGACGCGUGCGUCUUGGAUGAGCGAUGCGUGGAGCCAGCCUACCGCCCGGGGAAGAGGCCGCAUAGCCAGAAGGAGAGCCUGCAGGUUUCCGCUUCCUCUGGUGAGAUGCAGGUCCGCCCUCAGAACUGCACGGGCACCAACUCUUCCCUGAACUUGGUGCUCAUUACCACCUGGGUCCUCACGGAGCAGCCUGAGGAAUGCAACCCAGCACACCCCGUGGCAGCCCGCUGGAGCGCCCGGAACCAGAGGAAUGUGGAAGAGGGACAACCCCCUUCCAGGCGGGUGCUGCUGGGCCCUUACUGCUUUCCAGAAAACCAAGCUGGGUUCCCCAGCCAGGGCCCAACCAGGAUCACACCGAUUCCCUUCCUGGGCCUUGGUGUCCUGCUUAUUAAGAGGGCUUGUGGUCCCAGAAAAAGCUGGCCAGACUGGCUGAAGCCCGCUUCCUGCACCGUCCUCCUGCCCCUGACCUCCUCACCCCCAACAGGCCAGACCACACCUGCACUGGGCCACCAGUUGGGGGGACCCACAGAGAGGAAGCUGUGCAAAGCUUUGCCACGCUGUCUGCUUCACCAUGUCCACAGGCCCCCGGUCCUGCACCCCUGCGGUGCCUUGUGCAAAGCCUGGCCUCUGAGCUACAAGGCAGGACGGGACGGGGCCUGGGGCAGAUGCUAUGGCUGGCUGAGAGGAUACCUCCGGAGACGAGACUCGGGCUUGGGCAGCUCGCCCUCGACCUGUCUGGUCUUGGGGACGGACCGUGAUGUGCAUCGUGAUCCUGUAGCACUGAGUGCGUGCAGGCAAGUCAGGACAGCCACCUGGGUCACCUCCUGUGAUCCACGUGCCAGUGGGAGGUGGGAGCUGGGCUGCCCCUGGGGCAGCCCACAGGUCAUCACCUUCAGCUAUGACUCUGGGCAGGGAAGUCAGGACACAAGACGCCACUUUCCCCUCCGCUCCCGUUGGCAGCGUGCGCUUGAGGUCUGGGAGCUGCACGGGGCCGUCUACACGCACGGCUCCACCACCGGUCUGUGUUCCUGCCCCAGGCAGACGGGCUGAGGCGUCUGAAGCGAACGUGCCAAGGACCUUGACGAGUUCUGGCUGCACAGGCGCGUCCUGCCAGGCGGAGCAAAGAUAGCAGGAAACUUUGUGGAGAAUUUGGUGAGAAGUCCAGUAGAAGUGAUCCUUGACGCCCCUCCUCCGCCUCCUCCCGGCCUCUUUAUUUAUCCAUUUUUAACUUCUAGACAUAACGGACAUUUUUACAAAGGCUACACGUUGUAUUUGCCAGGUUUUGAUUGAAGCGUGAUUUGCAGGACAUGAAAAGCACAGAUCCUGAACGUCCAGUAGGAUGAGUUGACACAUGCAUUCACCUCUGUCACCCACAUCGCCGUAAGAUAUGGGAUGUCUCUACGGAGCCCCGAGCUUCCCCUUCGACUCUCUGCAACUCACUCCCCACCCGGCUGGAUUCUGCUCAUGAUCUGGCCGUGAGGUCAGGACAAGUCCCUAGUAAGGCAAAGACCCUACGUUUUGUAAUCUGAUCAGUGUGUUCCUGUAUUUUACUACCAGUAGUUCUGAACUGUCAGCUCACACAGCCUUCUAUUGUGGUUUAUUUUUCUUUCUUCUUUUAUUUUUUAAUUUUUUUAAUGUUUUUAUUUAUUUUUGAGACAGAGAGAGACAGAGCAUGAGCAGGA